GGGAACCCACCUGGUCCGGGACCUCGUCCACCGACCCUCGACCUGUCCGGUGACCCGCCAUGGCACCGGCCUUCGGGGUGAACGACGAGAGCGAGAACGGAUGGUCAGGCGCAGCGGCGAGAUCCGCGGCCGCUCUUCCGCCCUCCGUCGAACCGAACCGGGCGAACGGCGCGGCGGCCUCGGCGCGGACGAGCUGCGCGGCGACGACGGCGCCGGUCCCUUGGUGGGGGUACCUGAACUGCGCGGUGCUGGCGGUGGCCUUUGCGUAUCCCUUCUUCGCGGUGGUGGACACCAAGUCCGAGGACUCCGACUUCACGCCCUGUGAUGAGAGCUGCACCUUCGUUCAGUUCAUCGGCUACUGCGACAAACAUUUGCCUCCCACCUUCCCUGAGAACGUGGAGAAGAGUGGCGGUUGGAUCCAUGAGAAGCACAUCCCCAGGGUCUUUCCCGUCUACGUCUCGGUGCAGAACGGAGGGAAGAUGGAGGCGCGUGGGCCUCACCUCUACUUUCAGAACUGGCUGCCCUACUUCUACUCCUACUAUCCUGCUCUCUUCUCGUCGAUGGUGCGACGGGGCACGACGGACCAGUUCCCAAGUAGCCAAGCGGCCAACCAAACCAUUUGCGACAGCAUCAAAGCGAAGAAGCUGCAUAAACACUUGGAUCAUGGCCCAUCCCGAGUUUUCUACCUGGUGACCAUCAUCAUUUGGACCAUCUUGUGCAUCGCCCACGACUGGGCCUUGCUCUAUGGCUGUCCUGAGAAAUGGACGUUGUCCAUCGGCUUGGCCGCCUUUGCGGCGCAAGCCACCGCCUGCACGGCGUCCUUCCUGUGGGGCUCCUCCGCGGUGAAGGUCUUCCUGGCCGAGGACGAAGCCUCCCAGGUGACCUGCUACUAUCGACUUGGGACCUUGAGCAUGUUACUAGCGCUGGUGCCACCCUUUUUGCUCUGGAAGGCCACGGUGACAAAACUGGAAAAUUUGAAGUUGUCCAUCGCACAUGGAGAUUACUUGUAUGCUGUGCUUUAUCACGUCCCUUUCAGGGUGGUGCGGAGGUCCAUCGACGCGCCCACGGACUCGUUGUUGAUUCUCACGCUGCACGGCGACCCCGGGGUGUCGGACGCGGAGAGUCCCCCCGUGAGCUUCGGCGACUUCCGGCUGUUGGCACUUGGCACACGUAUUGCUACCUUGCUGUGGCUCUUGACGCAGCUCUUGGUCAUCGGCCCCUUCACCAUCGGCCCCUUGUUCCGCCGCCUCCUCAGCGAGGCCGUGAAGACCCAGGUGGACUCCAUUGGCAGCCUCGAGGCGGGGAUGAAGUAUGCGACCUACUUCCUAGCGGUGCCGGUGCCUGUGAUCCUGGCUUUGUUGGGCCUAUACCGCUGGACGGGACUUGUGCCAUUGCUGAUCCAGCGACGUGGAAAGAAGAGAAAGUGUGGGUGGCUCCAGACGAUUCUCAUGGUCCUCGUUUGCCUCAUCGCCAUGUUCACGCAGCUCUCGGCCAUCGUCUCGACCAAGUAUCUCGUUGACACCUUGUUGAAGGAUGCGGCCGACAUCAAUGAGCUGAAAGAAAGCUGGGAGUGGUACUUUCACGGCACACUGACCUUCUUGCUGGUGGUCUUUGAAGCGAUUCCCUUGUUCUCCUGGCCGUUGAUCCUCCGGAGCUUCAUUUUCAUCCCGCCGAUGUACGACUUCCUCUUGGAGUCCUCAUUGGCAGACCUGAAGCCCGAGUGGAAGUUGGAGGACCAUUGCAAGGUCUUCCUAGGAGAAGACACACCGGAGAACGGCGCACCCCGAAAGAGGAAGGUGGACUCCGUACGGGAAGCGCUGGAGCGGACGGGGAGCGGACUCCGGUGGCACGUGCCCUUGGCAGCGGAGCUCAUCCGAGCGAAGUUGGCCGAAGCCGAGGAGUCCAGCGAGUCGAGCACCGACUCGGACGCCUUCGCGGAGGUCUGUGAGACGCUGAAGCUGGUGGGCGAUGUUUAAGCGCGGUGGUCGGAGCAUUCCUGGACCGGUCACGCCGUGCCCCGCCGUGCCCCUCCCAAGACAGUCUUCCGCCCUUCGCGGGCGUCAUGGGG